AUGGUGAAAGAUCUCAUCGCUAGUCACAGUGCCAAGAGUACAUAUGCCAAUGACAUAAACAACAAGCAAAUUGACAUUGUAGAUGUGCUCCAAGCAAGGUUUCCCACAAAGGAGAAGCACAAGGUAACCAACUUGUAUGCUGAUCUCAUGGUGGAGAAGACGCAUAUGAUGUUGAGCGGCAACCAGCAUGCAACGGCUGGUAGCAAGCUUGUCAAUGACAAGUUUGGGAUGCCAGUGGAGCAUCCAACCAUGGACGUCUUGGGUGGUGAUUUGGUGGAGGAGAGGAAAGCCAAGAGGAAGGCAGGGGAAGAUCUGCAUAGCCAACCAGAUCCUCAGAAGGAGAGGCAGCGCCGGAGGUUUUGGACCACGGACGAACACAGGAAUUUCCUCUACGGUUUGCAUGCGUAUGGUCGAAGCGACUGGAAGAACAUCUCCAAGCACUUCGUUACCACCAGGACACCAGUGCAAAUCUCUUGCCACGCCCAAAAGUAUUUCCGUAGGAUGGAGAACACUACCAGGAGGCAGCGCAGCAGCAUCAACGACGUUGGCUUCUGCGAUGACGAGCCCAAGGCAAGCAGCAGCAGUAACCAAGCCACUACCUUAAGCAGAGGUGGGGCUGGUGGUUCUUGUGUGGCUCCAAAGGUGGAGGGGGGUGGGAGCAAGACAAAACUGACUAGUGAUCAAGAGGGAGGUUUUCUUGUUGAUCCAUGGAUGGUGAGGAAGUAG